UUGAAAGGUGAUGAAGGUGGAAGUGUAGGAGGAGGAUCAUUGAGAAGCGCAUCUUCAUUGAGCAGUGGAGCAGGAAGUGUAGUUUUGGUGAAGGACAGGGCGCUGAAGGCUACUGCCGGCACCAUCACGACAGCCACACUUGUUCCCACCGCUUCUGAAGACCGGACUGGACCAUCUGAAGAGAACAACUUCGCGAUUCUGCGCCGACAGCAACAGCAACAACAUCAGCAGCAGCCACAUCAAGGAGAAGCAGAGAGUUCGAGAAAUUCUUUACUUCAAAUGCCACGGCCACUUCCAAUGCCGGAAUAUGGAGGCUUCUUCGCACCCAUGUCGGAAUUCCUGCCUGAGAGCUCUCAACCGAUUACAGCCUUCCAU